AUGACUUCAAAUGGGCAUUUUUCUUCUGUUGGAGAAGUUAACGGGGGGGACUACCAGCAUGGAGUCCAGGUAGUGGAUGGCGAUAAGGAGUUCAAUCAAAAUCUAUCAAAAUACCUGGUACACGAGAAGGUUUCCCCGGCCGGGUUUAAUUACCACCUUAUAUCUGUCUUUGGCUCGCAGUCCACCGGAAAGUCAACCCUCCUGAAUACCCUUUUCAAAACAGAAUUCAGUGUAAUGUCCGAGACCGAAAGGCGUCAGACCACAAAGGGGAUAUGGCUCUCUAAAAAUAAACGCACCGCUUUAAACGAGAAAGACAAGAUGGCAGAUAAUAUUUUGGUCAUGGAUGUUGAAGGAACUGACGGUAGAGAGCGUGGAGAGGACCAGGACUUUGAACGCAAAAGUGCCCUUUUUGCGCUUGCUACAAGUGAGGUGCUUAUUGUCAAUAUCUGGGAGCACCAGGUUGGAUUAUAUCAAGGAGCCAAUAUGGGUCUCUUAAAGACUGUUUUCGAAGUGAACCUUCAAUUGUUCCUCAAGGAUACAAAAUCCACACCCAGGUCUUUACUGUUUUUUGUUAUUCGUGAUUUCGUGGGGACAACCCCACUUACGAAUCUACAGAAUACUUUAAUGCAGGAUCUCCAACGAAUAUGGACAUCACUGUCCAAACCAGAGGGAACUGAGAAUUCCACUAUUGAGGAUUACUUCGAUUUUGCCUUUGCAGGCUUGCCCCAUAAGAGUUUCCAGCCGGAGAAAUUUGCUGAAGAAGUUGAUAAACUCAGUACUCGGUUCAGGGAUGGCCACCGCGACCCUUCCAGCCUGGCUGUUAAGGGUACAGCAGCGGAAGGCGGAGUUUUCCUCCCUGAGUACCAUCGGCGAAUUCCAGCUGAUGGUUUUGCAGUUUAUGCGGAAGGGAUCUGGGAACAAAUUGCAAAUAAUAAGGAUCUGGAUCUCCCUACUCAACAAGAACUUCUAGCGCAAUUCCGCUGCGAUGAGAUUGCACGAGAAGUUCUUAUUUUAUUCGACCAGACCAUUGGGCCGUUUGAGGCACAACAAGAGGAUGCAACUCGAUCCGGAACUCCAAUAAUUCUCGCCGGCCUUGGUGCUGCCAUGUGUGCAGCUCGCGGAAAGACAAUGACCAGUUUCGAAACCGAGGCGAGUCGGUACCACAAGCGUGUGUUUGCAACCAAAAAAUCCGAACUAGAGGAGAAAAUCGACACACGACUUAAGGCUUUAUUUACCGGCCAGCUCAGCGCCGCACACAAGUCUGGCGUUGCCGAAUUUAGUGAAGCAGUCAGUUCUGCAGUCAAAGCUGGGCAGAAGAAAGGAGCCAGUUAUGAUUUUGCCGAAAUUGUCACUAGGGAAAGGAAACUCGCAAUUGAGAAGUUCGAAAAAGAGGCCGGCGUCAUUGUGGUAGAAGGAGCUCCUUGGAGCGAUUACAAGCAGGAGCUCUCUCUAUACCAAAAGGAUCUCGAGAAGAUCAGUUCGCAGCUCAGAAAGGACGAGAUGAGGCGCCUUGCCACUAGAGUGGAACGAUGGGUGAGGUCUCGCCUGGGCGAUUCCAUUGACCUAGAAUUCAAUGCACUUGGGUCGGGGCGAGGUGGCUCCAGGGCCCCAGAGGACGGAGAUAAGCCCAGUGAAAAGACCAUUUGGGAUAGAAUCUGGUCUCUAUUCGUAAAAACAGUUUUGGACGCCGAACGAAGAUUCACCGAGCGAGCAAAGAGUUUCGAUGCAAGCUUGGAGGAAGUUGACGUUGGUCUAUGGAGACUGCGACGAAAAUCCUGGGGCGUACUGCGUUCCAAGAUCGAGGAGGAGAUGAUGGAAGGCAAUAUUCUCCUUAAGUUACGCGAGAACUUCGAGGACAAAUUCCGUUAUGACGACCUUGGUGUACCACGGAUCUGGCGGCCUACAGAUGACAUCGAAAACAUUUACACCACUGCCAGGGAAUCUACUCUUAAAUUGAUCCCUCUCCUGGCGCGUUUUAAGCUAAACGAAACUUCUGCACCUCCACCUUUGGAUAAUUGGGUAGGCCAUAUGCCCAGCUCCGCCAGUGCUGCUGAUGAAGAAGACCUUGCACCAAUUGGUGGUGUGGAUGAAGAGGAUGGCAAGAGUCUGGAGGAAGAGAUGACUAUGCUCAGUGAAGCCAAGAGACAAGACUUGACUGUUCGGUUCAAAAAGGCUGCAGAUGGUGUGUACGUUGAAGCAAAACGAAGUGCCAUUGGUGGCAUUACCCAGGUUCCCUUGUAUUUCUACGGCCUUCUCCUGGCUUUGGGCUGGAACGAAAUAAUCGCUGUCCUUCGGAACCCUAUAUACUUCUUAUUCCUCCUUGUCAUUGGCGUAGGAGCUUAUGUCACCUUUAGACUAAACCUCUGGGGCCCUAUGAUAAACAUGACAGAAGCAGCCUCUCGUCAAGCGGUCGAAGAAGGUAAACGACGACUCCGAGAGUUCCUGGAGUCAUCUGAUACAGGACGCCAGGCCAUGGCCAUGUCCGGGCGCAACAGCACGCAUGUUGAAGAAUACGAAAUGUCAUCCAACCUCAAGGGCAAGGGAAGGCGUCCUGCUACGGAAGAUGACGACGAUGACGAUGACUUGUAA